AUGAAGCCAACGUUAGCUUCUUCAGCUUCAAGUCUCAUGAGUGCAACAAGUAAUGGAAGCACUAGUGGUGGUGGUGGUGGACCGAUCUCAUCUGCUCAACACACUAUAGCAGCUACACUUACAGCUGUGCAUAAAAUGGAUUCUGAAUUACGUUGCCCAUCAUGUAGACGAUUUUUCCAAUGUCCGUUAUUAUUACCAUGUGGUCAUUCCCUGUGUAAUUUAUGUGCAGCUGGAGCUUUACUUCCCGCCAGUGAACCAAGUAUAGCGGCAUCAAUUGCAGCGGCGCUACAUUUAACAACAACUGAAGCAUUUAGUCCUGGUAGUGGCCCGCCUCAAUCUUCAUCCUCAUCAUCUUCGACAACAGGAAGUAGUAUCGGUUGUCCCAGUACAUCUACCUCACAUGGAAACACACAAAGUAUGGGUUGUACUUCUGUUAUACCUUCAGAUUCUGAUCAAAUGAGUGUCGUAAGCGAAACUGAUUCAGGGGUAAUUGUUAGCAGUCGACCAGGUAGUUAUGUGGGAAGAUUACCAGUUAUAGUAUGUUCAUCAACUUCUGGUUUGGGUCCAAGUCAGACUUAUGGCAUUUCUUCAUCUUCAAUAAGUCAAGUAUCGAGUGGCUUAAUAUGUCCGAUAUGUAAUCAUGUCGUCGGUCUGUUUGAUGAUAAAGGACUGAGUCACUUACCACGAAAUCGCGCCCUUGAACGGAUAAUAUCUAAAUUUGUAGGCCCUGAGCAGUCAUCUCAUCCAUUAAAAGCUAGUGCGGACUUGGAGCCAUUCUUAUUAAACAGUAACACAGAUCCGAUUAAUAGACCAGGUGGACCACUUUGUCAGUUAUGUGAAGAACCUAAUAUCCCGACGGAAAAUCCAUCGCCUUCAGAAACCAAUAAAAAUGAAACGGUAGAACAAAAUUGUUUAGCAACAUUUUGGUGUGAACAAUGUGAAAUAUUUUAUUGUACACGAUGCCGUGAAAAAUGUCAUCCAGCUCGUGGACCAUUAAAUCGUCAUGCGCUACAUUCAGCAGCUGAAGGUGUAGAAAUAAUUCGACAAAAACAACGUAACCAACCUACACCAUGUAUGUCACAUUCAAAUUUAAUACCGAAUCUAUAUUGUGUUAAUUGUCAUAUACCGGUGUGUAAUGAAUGUAUAAGUAACGAUAAUUCACAAACAUUUGAAACACAUUCGAAGCAUGAAAUACUUCCAUUGAUUGGAGUUUGUAAAUCACGAAAAACCGAACUAUCCCAAUCACUUCAAGCACUAUCAGAAAGAGCUCGAUCAGCGACGGAACACAUACAACGUUUAAGAUCGAAAUCAGAAACAGUUAAUAGAAAUCUUGCAGACUCAGAAAAAGAACUUAUUGAACAAUUGGACGCAUUGAUUUCUGCAAUCGAAACAAAAAAACAGGAACUAACAGAGCGUCUUCGAGAGGAAAGAACCAAACGCAUACAUUGUCUUAAGGAUCAAAUUAAUCGUGUCACAUCACUUUUAACUAAAUCAACUGGACUUAUUCAAUUUUGUAUUGAAAUGUUGAAAGAAAGCGAUCCAUCAGCAUUUCUGCUGGUAUCUCAAUCACUUAUAACACGAACUCAAAAUGCAGAACAAAAUUUUAUACAAGAACUUCAACAUACCUCUUCCACAAAUGAUAUUAAUGGAUCGUUAUUAUCGCUUGCUUUAUCAUCAAGCAAAGAUUAUUCACAUCAUUCACCUAAAAAAAGAGCACUUAAAUCAACUGAAGAGAUUUCUAGCAAAUAUAACAAUGCUGUUGGAACAAGUACACCUAAUCGAUCAAAUAAAACAUUUGAUCUAUUAGGUGUGAAUAGUGUUGAUUCAAUACUUCGAGCAAUUUUAAGUUUAGGUUUAGAAGAAGAUCAAAAUACAAAAAGACCUGAAUAUUUUCAACUUAUCAAUCAGAAAAUUAACGAUGCUCCAGCCUCACCAGCUUUUCUUGUAGAAGAAUGCAUUUCAGAACGUAAUGUUAUUACUCUUGUGUGGCAGCCCACAUCAUCUGUACCUAUUGAUCGUUAUACACUGGAACUGGAUGAUGGAGCAGGUGGAAAUUUCAGGAAAGUUUACCGGGGAGUAGAAACAAUGUGUACCGUUGAAGGUUUACACUUUCGUUCGAUCUAUCGUGCUCGUGUUAAAGCACACAAUCAAGCUGGUGAAAGUCAAUACAGUGAACGAAUUUGUCUACAGACAUCAGAUUUUACCUGGUUUCAUUUGGAUAUUAAUACGUCAGUACCAGAAAUUCUACUUACCAACGGAAAUCGAACUGUUACUAGUCAGCUAGCUGAGGAUAGAGUAAUUCUUGGUUCAACUGAUCUUUGUGAUCCUGGUGGACAACCUGCAUUUGGCAUAGCUAGAUAUGAUUGCAAUAAAGAAAUAAUGCUUGGUCUUGACAUGAAAAGUUGGUCAAUUUAUUUUGAUUUCAAACGAAGUUGGUUUCUUCAUAACGGUGAACAUUUCGAAAGAACCGAUGGUGGAAUACAUGCAGGUAGUGUAGUUGGUAUUCGGCUAGACUGUAAUAGAGGCAAUUUAUCCUACUAUUUAAAUGAUCAACCACAUGGUCCAAUUGCAUUUACCAAUUUACCAAGUGGAAUUUAUUAUCCAGCUGUCAGUUUGACAAGAGCUAUUCAGCUAACUUUACAUUCUGGUUUAGAAGCUCCUAGUGAAAGUGAAGAAAGUGAUGAAGAUAGUUCUGGUGGUGGAACCGGGACUGAAACCACUUCUAUGGCAACCACUGUUUUAACUCUACCUUCAACAUUACAAAGCAAAGGAUUAAGACAAUGAAUUUAUUUAUCAGACAAACGAGUCGUGAGUUACUCAAAGAAGUUCCAUUCAAGCGACACAUCAACUUCAGGCUAUAAAUUUGAAAAUAAACUCAAACCAACUAGCUCAAGUUAAUGAAAUCGUGUUGCAUUUCUUCUAGUACAUUCUCCUUUUGAAUGCAUUUUACAAAUCCAUAAUAAAUUUUUAAAAAUAUCCAUGAAAAUUUUGAACUCCCA